AUGACGCAUCAAGUGAGUUCAAUUGUGCAUUCCAUGGCCCCGAGGCAAGAAGAUCCCGGAGUUUUCACUAUCCCAUGCACCAUUGGAAGUGCCAACUUUGCAAAAGCCCUUUGUGACUUAGGGGCAAGUAUAAACUUGAUGCCAUAUUCAGUCUUUAAAACCUUGGGAAUUGGUCAACCACGAGCAACCUCGAUGAGGCUUCAAAUGGCAGACCGGUCAAUGAAGAGACCGUUGGGUAUAAUUGUUGACGUCCUUGUGCGAGUAGAUAAAUUCAUUUUGCCGGCUGAUUUCGUCAUUUUGGAUUGUGAGGUGGAGUUUGAAGUCCCAAUUAUCCUUGGUAGACCUUUCCUAGCUACGGGGAAGGCUUUGGUCGAUGUCGAGGCGGGAGAGAUGACCUUCCGUGUUGGUGAUGAAAAGGUGGUUUUCCCGGUGUGCAAGUCCAUGAAGCAACCUAAUAGCACUGAGGUGUGUUCCUUUGUUGACAUUGUCACGUCAGUGAUAAUGGAUGAUACAAGUUCUAUGAUUAACAUUGAAGAUCCACUUGUGUCCGCACCUCUAGACAGGGAGAUGAAUGAUGAUUAA